AUGGAUGCCAGUGAGCUUGCCUAUGGGUUCCUCUUUGUGUUCCAGAUUGUCUUUGGGGUCUCAGGGAAUAUGUUCCUCCUCCUGGUUUAUACGCACAUGGUCUCCACGACCCACCAGCUGAAUCCUCCAGACAUGAUCAUUGCCCAUCUAGCCCUGGCCAACACCAUGGCCCUUCUCAGCCGGGGGAUCCCCGACAUCCUGUCAGCUUGGGGGCUGAAGAAUUUCCUGGAUGACGUUGGUUGUAAAAUCCUCUUAUACAUUUAUCGAGUGUCCCGGGGUCUUGCCAUCUGCACCACCUGCCUUCUGAGUGUCUUCCAGGCCAUUACCAUCAGCCCUGGCACAUCCCAAUGGGAAGGAGUCAAAACCCAAUUACCCAAGUGCAUCCUUCCCUCCUGCCUCUUCUUCUGGGUCCUCAAUCUGCUUUUUGACAUGACCGUACCAUUGUUCAUCACAGGCCUUGGGAACAGCACCAACAUGAACACUGUCAUCCUGAAAUACUGCUCCUCCAUCAGUAUCAGUGCAGUCACAACCCUGGUCAAUGCAAUGGUGCUCUCCCUCCGUGAUAUGUUCUUCGUGGGACUCAUGAGCACGGCCAGUGGCUAUAUGGCAUUUGUCCUGCACAGACACCACUGGAAGGUCAGACACCUCCACGGGACCAAUUGCUCCCGUAAGGCAAUGCCUGAGGUCAGAGCAGCAAAGAGAAUCAUUGCCCUGGUCACCCUCUAUGUCCUCCUCUAUGGACGGAACACGAUCACCCUGAGCAUUUUAUUAAAUAUGAAGAUAAUUUCUCCUCUCAUUCUUAAUAGCCACAACAUUAUGUCCUUCACUUUUUCAGCUAUCAGUCCAUUUCUGAUGAUUCCCAGAAACAGGAGGGUGCGAACGUCCUGGAAAAGGGAUUCUCAUAUUCCCAACUGGGAUCCCCCUUAG